AUGGACGAGAGCUCGAUCCUACUGCGUGGCCAGCGCCUCAUGCUGGACAUGCUCGAAGACGUAGGCAGCCUCUUCACGCCCGCCCAAGACAAGCCGCCCGAAGACGACCGCUGGCACGACCUCGCCCGGCCGACGCUCGCGCGCAUCGUGGCCGAGCGCAUGACGCACGUCGUUGACGCCGACACGAACCCGCAGCAAGACGACCACGUCGAGGACGACCUCGUCGAGCACGCAGUCGUCCAGGAGGUGCUCACGUACCUCGUCGAGAAGCGCCUCAUGAACGCACACAUCGCGCUCGCCCAAACGACGACCGACGCGCAGAUCCUCAAGCACCAGCUCACGACCAUGACGCAGGAUCGCGACCACAUGCGCGAGGAAGUCCCGCCGGGCACCGACAUCAAGCUACUCGCGUCCUGGGCACUCGAAGAGCUCGACGCGUCGUCGCCGACCAGCACGACCUCGACGCUGCAGCUCAAGGAGACGGUUCGCUUCCAAGAGAGCACGAUCCAAGCGCUCCGUCAUGAAGUCGCCGCGCUCCGCCGUGGCACGUCGCCCGCGAGCUCGAUCGGGUCGUUCAGCUGGACCAAAGACCCGGCCGCCGACGCCCUCCGCGACUCGAUCCGCGACCUGCGGUCCGACGUCAACCAGCACCAGCGCGAGCAGAUUGAUUUGCUCGAAGACCACAUUGCGUCCUUGGAGGCGCGCCUCGUCGUGGCGACGCGCGAAGCCUCGGAGCUCCGCGAACUCAACGCGGCGCUGGACGAUAAUAACCCGAACCCGUCGGGCUUUGUGAGCGUCCUCUCGUCGCUCCAGUCGCAAAUUGCGACGCUCGAAGCGGCGUUGCGCGAGACUGACAUCGACCACGUCGCCCAGCUUGACCGCGAAAACGCAGCGCUCCGGCGGCAGCUCGAGUCGUCCGUGGCGCACGACUGCCACGCCAACUUUGACGGCGGCUUUUGCAGCGACCUCAUCAACACGCUCAAGGCCGAGAUCCUCUCGGCGCGCGACGAGCACCGCACCGAGACGAUCGCACUCCUCGACCAUGUUCAUGAGCUCGAGGCCAUGAACGCGCAGCUCAGCGCGAGCGGCGACGUCGAGGCAGCUGCCCGCCAUCUUCACGAGGACAACAUCCGGCUCCUCGAGCAAGAGCACGGCUUCCGCGCGCAAAUCGAAGCGCUCCAGGCCGACGUUGGCAGCAUGGACGACCAGAUCGCGCACUUGCGCACCGAGCGCCAGCUGCAAGAGACCGAGAUCAACUCGCUCAUGGGCACGCUGACCCCGCUCAUGGCGGCCCACGAAGAGCUCGUAGCGGCAAAAGCGGCGCUGGAAGCCAAGUUGGCAGAGUUGGAAGCCGCCAGCUGCGACCAGUGCGCAGCGCUCGAGGCCAAGAUCAGCGAUAUGCACACGCAAAUCGACGUGCUCCACGCCGAUGUGCAAGCCGCGCUCGAGGCCAGCGCGCCGGUCGUGACGCGGCACGAGUCGACGAUUGCCGACUUGACGGCAGCGAUCGCACGCCUCGAAGACAAGCUGGCGCACAAUGCGGGCGAGUACGAGCGCAGUCUUGGCGAGCGCGACACGUCGAUCGACGAGCUCCAGGCCAAGCUUCAUGCACUCAAGCGUGAGAUCAACAUUAUGAGCCAGGACCUCGACAUGGUCUCGGAGGAGAAGCAGCAGGUCGCCGACCAGCUCGAGGUCGUCGAAGGCCAUUUGGACGAAGUCAACGCCGCGUACGAAGCGCUUGAGGCGCGGUUUGCGGCGCUCAUGGCCGAGAAGAUGGCGUGGACGGUCGAGCGCGAUACGAUGGUCGAGGCCGAGGCCGAGGCAAGCCGCCGGUCGACGCUCGAGCAAGAAACCGCGCAGGCCGCGCACGAAAUGGCCGCAGCGACGUGGGCCGACGAGCGCGCGACGCUGGAGGCGGCGCUGGCCGACAAAGCCGACGCCCUUGCGGCGCUUGAAAGCGACCUCGCGACGGUCCGGAGCGCGCUCGCCGAGAAGGACACCGAGCCCACGGCCAAGGAAGCAGAGCUCACAGCCAAGGUCGACGAGUUUGAGAAGCUGCAGAUGCUCCUUGGCAAGUUCAAGGAAAAGCUCGCGGCGCUCCUGGCCUCGGAGAAGGCGCUGCAGGCCGACGUCGAGACGCUCACGACUGAAAAGGCGGCUGCGACCACCACGAUCGAGGUGCUUGCGGCGCAGCUAUCGACGUCGGACGCCGCGCUGCAGACAGCAAACGACGACCUUGCGACGACGCACGCGGCCAAGGCUGACCUCGAAGCGCAGGUUGCUUCGUUGGAGGAGCACUUGUCUGCCGAGACGGCCAAGCUGGACGCCGCCAACAGCCAGGUCGAUGCACUCACGGCCGCGUCUGAAGAGGCGCUGGGCCAGCUCGAGCGCCUUCGGGAGGUCCACGAAAGCCACGUGGUGGCGACGACAGCCGACGCGGCAGCGCUUCACGUCACCAUUGCGGACCUGGAAGCUACGCGCGCGACAUUGGAAGGCGAUGUGGCCUCGGCCACCGCAGCCCACGAAGCGGCGACGGCCGAGCUGGCGACCGCCACGAGUGCGAUGGCGGUGCUCGAUGCGGACAAGACUGCGCUCGAGACGCGUUUGGCAGACACUUCUGCGGCCUUGGAGACGGCCACGACGUCGGAGGCAGCACUCCAAGACACGGUCGCGACGCAAGAAGCGGCGUCGGCGACACUGCAAUUGACGCUGGCGCACGCGCACGGUCGCAUUGGCGAGCUCGAAGCCGGUACGGCUGCCUUGCGCGACGAGAUGGCGGCGCUGGAGGUCGCCAAGGACGCUGAGAUCGCCGCACUUUCGUCGGACCUCUCGGCCAUGACGACGUCGAACGAAGCGCUCACCGCCGAGUUGUCGACGGCCGUGGCCGACCACGCGGCGGCGUGUGACAAGUGGACUGCCGAGUCGGCUGCGAUUGCCGAGAAAAUGGCGGCCAUGGAAGCCGAGCACUCGUCGACGCUAAACGAGACGCACGGCCGCCACGCGUCGGCGGUUGCGGACCUUGAGGCUGCGCUCCACGACCAAAUGACGUCGCUGCACUCGACGCGGGCGGAGCUCAGCGCGCAGAUGCACGCUCUGACCGAAGAGCAGGCGUCGUACAAGGAGCUGCAUGCGGCCCAAGUCGACGCACUUGAGACCAAGAUUGAGACGCUCCAUGCCAAUGUGGCUGCAUCUGCGGAGGAGAACGCGUUGCUUAGCGCCGAGCUCGCCGCCAAGAACGACGAGCUGUCAAAUGCGACGGCCAAGCUCACGUCUCUCGACGCGCUCCUCCCGCGCUUCAAGGACAAGGUCAAGACGCUCACAGCAGCGCAGAAGAGCCUCGAAGACGAUUUGGCGGCCGCUGUCAACGAGAAGGAAACGCUGACGGCCACCCACAACGACGCGAUGGCGGCCCUCGAGGCGAGCUUGGCGUCGCUGAACGCAACGCUGGCGGCGGCGACGGAAGAAAAGACGGCGCUGGACGCGCUCGUGGCCGACAAGUCGCAUGAAAUUGCAACGCUCCAAGACCUCGUCGAGUCGUUCAAGGGCUCGGUGGACUCGCUGUCGUCGUCGCAGGCGUCGCUCGAGUCGGACCUCGCCGUCGGGCGCCAAGAACUGUCGUCACUCACGUCCACGCACGCGGAGGCUGUCGCACUCCUCCAAAGUGCCGAAGCUGCCGUGGCCACGACGACGGCCGAGCUCGCUGCCGAACGCGACGCCAAGGCAGCCCUGGAAACCGAGCUUGCCACGGAGCUUGAGGCCAAGGCUGCGUUGGAAGCCGAGCUCGCUGUUGAAGCGGCUACCAAGGCUGCGCUUGAAGCUAACCUCGCCACCGAGCUCGAGGCCAAAACUUCCCUUGAAGCCGAUCUGGCGGCCGAAGCAGCUGCCAAGGCUGCAUUGGAAGCCGAGCUCUCUGCUGAAGCGGCUGCCAAGGCGGCUGUCGAGGCGGACCUCGCUACGGAGACGAGUGCCAAGACGGCGCUGGCGGCCGAACUCGCCGCGCAAGUCGAAGCGACGGCUACUGUCAACGCCGACUUGUCGAGCGAACGCGACGCGAAGGCGGCGUUAGCGCGCGAACUGGAGACGACGUCGACGGCAUUGACGACGACCGAGGACAACCUCGUGUCGCUUAAGUCGCUCCUCGAUCAGUUCAAGGAGAAGGCGUCGCUUGAAGCCCAAGUCGCGUCCGUGCACGACGAGAAGGAGUCGCUCGCGUCGAGUCAUUCGUCGCUGAGCAGCUCCAAGGGUGCGCUGGAAGCCGAGCUGGCGGCUGCGACGGCGGCCCUCGCGGAGGCCAACGACGCCAAGACGACGCUCGCGACGCAGGUCGAGACGGUCACGGCGGCGCUGGCCGCCAAGGAAGCCGAGCUCACGUCUCUCCAAGCCAUCCUUCCGCGCUUCAAGGACAAGGUCAAGGACCUCACCGCGUCCCAAAAGGCGAUGGAGGCCCAGGUCGCGGCUGCGGUUGCUGAGAAGACGUCAAUGGCCUCGGCCCAUGCGGACGCGAUCAAGUCGCUGCGGAGCUCCAAGGCCGAUAUGGCGGGUGAGCUGCAAGAGAUGACGGCGCUCAAGGAGACGCUCAAGGGGCAGCUUCGCGCCAUGUCCAAGGAAAAAGCGUCGAUGCAGCACGCACUGCAGACCGAGAUCGACGACCUUGCGUCCAAGGUCGCCAAGCUCGCGGCGAUUGCAGAGGCGCACAGCACGUGUGGCACCGCCGUCCAAGACGCGCACGCGGCGCUCGCGGCUGCCAACGACGAGCUGGCGGCGGCACACGCGACUGUGGCGGAGCUCCAAGAGCAGGUGGCCGCGCUCUCGCUCUCGGAGCAGGCGUUGCACCAAGCGUUUGAGCAAGCCACGAUGGAGACCAACGCCAUGUCGCGCUCGCACGACGAAGCGGCGGCGGCGCUGACCGCGCUCCAGAGUCUCCACGGCCCGCUGGAAGCCGAGCUGCAAAGCAUGACGUACAAGAACAUGCAGCUCAAGCAGGACCUCGACGUCAUGUCGGAGCAAGUGACGGCGCUCGAGCACAUUUUGCAGUCCAAGGAUGGCGCGCUCGAUGUGUUCAAGGACCAGUGCAAAGCCGCCCAAGCCUCGCUCGCGACCGCGGAAGCGGCGCUGGCGGCGAAGGAGGCCGCGUUGGCCGAGACGGACGCGAUCGUGGCGGCCAAGGACGCGCAGCUCGCCGAACUCGACGCGCUCUUGAGUGAAAGCGACGCGCUCAUGGCCGAGCUCGACACGCUGCAUGCCAUGUCGCGCUCGCAGCGGUCGUCGCGUGCGAAUGCGAUCGCGCUGGACCCGACGACGAUAUCGCAAGAGUACAAGAUCUUGGUCUCGGAGAACGACGCGCUCAGCGCAAGCCAGGAGAACCUGACGGAGAUCGUGUCGACGCUCCAGGCACAGGCAGCGGUGCGGGCGACGACCGCCGACAUCACGGACCGCUUCGUCGAAGGCCUCGUGUCCACACUGGGUCUCGAAGUCGACUUUCCGAUCACAGAGACAAGCGUGCUCCAGGAGACGCUCGAGCAGCUCCAGGGCUACAUUGGCAUGAUGUCGGAGGAAGCGGCGCACCACGCGCACGACCACGCAGCGUCGCUCACGACCGACACGUCGUGGCUCGACGCGAUCCAGGAGGCCGACGAACUCAACGAGAACGCCGACGCCCUCCUCGACCAGGCCGAGCAGUCCAAGGCCAGCGCGCUCGAGGUCCACCACGCUCUUCUCGCGCUCGCCAAGACGCUUGUGCCGUUGGGUGCCAACGAACUCGAAGCCGCCGUCGACGCCGCGACCGACGACCUGCACGCCGCGCCGAUGCUGCUCGCGGCCCUCCAGUCGACGCUGGAUGCCGUCGUGGUGGACGUAGCGACGCUCGUGACAGCUUGCAACCACGUGCGUCCGCUCCCUCAACUGGCCGAUGCGGGUGUGUGGGCGGCUGACGUCACGCGCGGGACGCUCGUCGACAAGGAACUUGAAGCGCGCGUGCUCUCGGCCGUGGCCCGCCGCUUCGGGGACGUCGGUGUCGCGAUUGGCGACGUGAGCAACCUCUUGGCACUCGAAUCGGUGCUCGUGUCGGACGCGAUCGUGGCCGCAUCCCAAGCGCGCGCACUCCAAGACGCCUCGUUCGUUGAAGCACUGGCGCCGUUCUUUGGUGUGCAGUCGCUGCAGGCGUCGAUGCCGCAGAUCCUCGCGAUGCUGUCGGCGUCCUCGGCCCAGACCGAGACGCUGGCCGCGUUGUGCCACCGCGUGCGCGUCGCCCAUGGCUUGCCGAUGGUGACCGAGACGUACCCGACGACGCAAGCCGGCGUGCUGGCCCUCUGGGAAGAUACAGCGCACGCGCUCGAGGAGGCGUCGUCGCCGCUCAAGACGCUCAACGCCUCGUCGAUCAAGGGCGACGUCGACAUGGAGCAGCUCCACGAGAUCCUCCACCGCGUCGACGACCGCUGCGAAGCCCUCCACGGGCAGGCCGGCGAUGACAAGGCCGCGGUGCUCGUUGAUGUCCUCGGCGCCCUCGACCUCGCGCGCGAGUGCCAACGCGCGGCCAUCACUGUGCUCGAGAAGCACAACCGCACGUGCACGGCGCGGACCCGCGUCCAGAUCGCCAUGCAGUGUGGCGUCCAACGCGCGUUCCUGCGCUGGAAGCACAAGACGCUACUGAGUGUCGCGGAUGAGAAGCACGCGGCCGACCUUGUCAAGCUCAAGGAAGAGCAUUUGGCGCAGCUCAAGCGCGUGCAAAAGCUCAACGCCGCCGAGCAAAAGCCGACAGACGCCAAGCCGGUCCCUGCGACGACACCUGUCAAGGCGACGGUGACGCCCAAACCCAUUGUGCGCACCAAGUCGUCGACGUUCGACAUGGCCAAGGUCAGCGCCAAGGCCGCCGAGGUCGUUGAUCAGCUCACCAAGCGCCGCGAGUCGUCGACGGCGGCGCGCUUUGACCACUGGAAGCGACUCGCCGACGAGACGCACCGCCGCACGGCCAACCUCGAGACGUCGAGCGGGUCGGGCAGCCAGCAGUCGGCGCCCCGCGUCCAGGGCCGCCGCGACAGCCUCCCCAAGACGAGCCCCAACCGGUUCCACGUGGCCUUCAACUCGUCGGCGAGCCGUGGUCUCUUCCCGACGACGUCGACGACACCGACAGCGGCGCGCCCGCGGGUGUCGAUGGGCCUGCCGUCGUACAGCUCGGUCAAGGACCAGUCGUCCACGGUCCAGAGUGCCGUGGACCGCAUGAAAGACCAGAACGACCGCCUCGUGCGCAAGGUCGUGGCCGGUGCCCCGACCAAGAAGAAGACGACGACACCGUCGCCGUGA